AUCACGAGGAUAAGGCUUUCUACGUCCACAAUGGCAACUAUAUAGAAGCAAUGGAUGCUGCUCCACCAUUUGGCGUUAUGUCUCGCCUUCCAUAUCGCUACUACGUUUGGCUUAGGGACUGGGCCCCAUUUAGAAACAUUCUCUUCGUUGCUUCAGGUCCUUCAUCAGAUAUUGGCUGUGUUGUUACUCCAGACGCAUCCUCAGCGAAUAAAAAUGAAGUAUUUGGGGAGGGAGAGACUGUCGCAACAGCAGCCAUGCUUCCAGAGACAUCGAGGCCGGCAUUGCCAAUGUCAGACGAACAAGAGGAGACAUUCCCAGUUGGUCUAGAUCUAGAUCUUGGUGAAAAAGAUCCUCUCAAACCUGAACCUGGUUCUGCGGCUGACACACCCGAUGGUCCACCAGCCCCGGCUAUAUGGACGCUUAACUCUGAAGGUAAACUGUUCGCAUGGUGGCUUAUUAACUCAUAUGGGGCUUACGAGCAUAUGAGAGCACCAAAUGAUACCCAAGAGCAAUCAAUGGCAGAAGAUAAACAAACGGCUGCAUUCACCACAAUGGCAGAAGCGGAAGCGGCAGCCAAGCCACCUGUUGCGCCUUCUGGUGGAUUCGUUGGUAAUGAACCAAAAAAGCCAACAGAAUUUGCAAAUGUUUCUGCAAAUGCCUUUUCGGCAAAGCCGUCAUCAACCUCCUUCCCAUCGUCAUCAGGAUUCGGCCAAUCAAGUGGUUUUGGACAGAGCAGUGCGUUCGGUCAAAGUAGUGCUUUCGGUCCAACUAGUGCAUUUGGACAAAGUUCACAAACUGGCGGUGGUUUUGGUGCAUUCGCAAACAAACCUAAUGCAUUAGGAUCUCCGCAGACUCAGAAUAAAGACGAGAAGAAAGAUGAGAAACCUAGUGCAUUCGGAAAACCUACUGCGUUCGGACAGGCGAGUGGCUUUGGGCAACCUAGCGCAUUUGGACAGACGAGCGCGUUUGGAGCCCCAAAGAAAGACAACGAGGGUACGUCAACCACCUCACCGAGCACAACUGGUGGAUUUGGCGCCUUCGCCGCUAAACCGGCUUCAGCAUUUGGAACAACGAGUGCAUUUGGUACCCCUAAGAAGGAGAAUGAGACCACAUCAGCGAGUACACCUACUAGUGGUGGAUUCGGUGCAUUCGCUUCCAAGCCUAGUGUAUUUGGUUCAGGUCAGAAACAAGAAGACAAGAAAGAGAGUGUGAAUGCCUUCGGUGCAUUUUCAGGCACUGGAACGAGUGCAUUCGGCCAGAGUGCCUUUGGACAAAGCGCUUUCGGUCAAUCAAGUGCAUUUGGACAGAGUCCUUUCGGAAGUACGACACCUAAGGCUGAUGAGAAAAAAGAAAGCACGACACCAACAGCAAGUGCGUUUGCUUCUAAGCCAACCGCAGGUGCUUUCUCUUUCGGUCAAAAUUCACCAACUAAAUUAGGUAGUGGUACAACUGGCGCAGGGUUCGGCUUCGGUGGUGUAUCAUCUGGAUCUAACAGCUUUGGUUUGCGUAAUCCUCCACAAGAUGCUCCUAAAAAGGACGAAAAGAAGGAUGCAGAAGUCAGCGACCUUCUCUCUGGAUUCGGUAGUGGUGCUAAAAUUGACGUUGGCUGUAUGAAGGAUAACAGUGAGAAGCAAGAUGAUGCUGAAUCUGACGGUGACAAUGUUGACGAUACUUUCGCAUACGUUAAGGAAAAAGAGCGUGAUGAGGAAGAGCGCGAGAAGCAACAAAAGGAGCGCGAAUUGGAAGAUGUCAGAAAGCAAGAAGAGCAGAAGAAGCUCGCCGAAGAGGAAGCAAAGAGAAAGCAGAAAGAAGAAGAGGUAAAGAAGAAGGAAGAAGAAGCAAAGAAGAAGGAAGAGGAAGAGAUCAAGAAGAAGGAAGAACUUGCCGCUGUCGCUGCUCAAGAAGAAGAGAAGCAGAAAAAGCAAGAAGAAGCCGAGCAGAAGAAGCACGAGGAUACGACAAAGCCAGAAGAAAAGCAAGAAACUCCAAAUAUCUUCGCCUCUGCACUCGCCAAAGGAAACAACGGCCAACAGACCUGUUCAACCUGUUCAUUGCAAUCACCAAGCGAUGCUACUAAAUGCACAGUCUGUGAGACGCCAUUCAAGAAACCUGAAGAAGCACCAAAGCAAAACGCACCACCAAGCCAGGGAAAGAGCGAUACGCCUAACGUCUUUGCAAAAGUUCUCGCCAAAUCCAAAGAAGGCAAGCAACAAUGUCCUGGAUGUACACUCGACCAGCCAGUCGAUGCUACUAAGUGUGGUGUGUGUGAUUACGCACUUAAGAAGGAUACAGAGAAACCAGAAGCACCUACGAUGCCAACUGCUCCACCUGCAGCUCCAUCUGGUUCAGGAUUCACUUUCGGCGGUGGUUCAUUUGGCUCGUCAAUUCAGAAACCAUCCGGUGGCUUCACAUUUGGUGCUUCUUCAGGUGCUGAUAAGAAAGAUGACACCGUAAAGGCUCCUUCUACAGGUGGAUUUAACUUCGGUGGUGCUUCAUUUGGCACGCCGACUGCUGAUAAAAAAGAAGAGAAGAAGGAUGAUACCGUUAAGGCACCAAGUGGCUUUAACUUUGGUGGAAGUUCAUUUGGUGCUAAACCAGCUACUGAAGAACCAAAGAAAGAUGAUACUGUCAAAGCUCCAAGUGGAUUUAGUUUUGGGGGUGCUAACGCAGACGCAAAAGACGACAAAAAAAAAGAACCUAAGAACGCAUUCUCAUUUGCUAAACCAACCGAAAACAAAGCACAAAAUGCAUUCGCAUUCGGUGGAUUUAGGAAACCAGAAAAUGACUCUCCUAAUACUAAGAAUGCAUUUGGAUUCGGUAGUGGUACUUUGCCUCCUGGUAAUCAAACAUCUACAUUUGGCUCCCCUAGUGGGUUCUCUUUCGGUAAUCAACCUGUGCCUUCUCAAGAACUAGAAACAAAGAAAGAUGAUGAUCGCACAAAGAGCUUCUUUGGGUUUGCGUCUGAAUCUCCAAGUAGAAGAGUAUCACAGGAACACCAGCCAGCUGCAGACGUAGAAGAAGAUAGCGGAGAAGAGGAACACGAUGAUUCACAAGAGACUGGCGAGGAAGAUGAAGAGGAAACCGGUGAAAGUGAAGACUUUGAACAAGUAGAUGACACUAUCGAAGAAGAAGAUGAAGAAGAUGAUGAUGAGGAAGAAGAGGAAGAGGAAGAGGAAGAGGAUGCUGAGGAAGACCAAGCGGAAGACGAGCAAGAAAAUGACGAAUCGACCACACCUCCGGCCUCUCCUGAGAAAACCCAACCAUCAUCAUCCCUUAACUUCACAAGUUCAGCUUUCAAUAAACCAGGACAGCAAUCACCUUUCGCAUUCAAACCACGUGAAAGCUCACCAUUGGCAUUAUCGUCAAUUGAUAACGCAGCAUCUCCUGAUAAGAUUAAGAAUACAUUUGGAGGUUUCGGUCAACAACCAUCCUCGAAUAUAACGACAGCAAGUGGUUCACCAUCUAUGACAAUGGCUCAAAAUGCUCUCAAACCUAACUUAUUCGAUGCACCACAGAAUCCAACAUUUGCUGGCUUUAAUCCAGCAACAUCACCUCAGCAACCAUCUGGUGGUAUGAUGUUUAAUAGUAAAGCUUUCAAUGAAGCCUUCUCAAAGCAAUCACCUACAUCUUCUCCAGGACCAUUAGCCACUCCAGUUAAGAAGGUUCAUAAUGAUAACGAAUCAUAUUCGAUUCAAACGCCAAACAAACCACCAAAGUUAUCAUUGUUGAACGUUGAAGUACCUAAGAAUAAACUGGAAGGUACAUCUGGAAUGUCUGCAGAGUUCCUCAAGAUGUAUUUGAUGGUUGAGCAAGAGAUUGACAUGUUGAAGCAAAAUGUUAAGAGUUGUGUAGACUAUCAUGAGAAAAUCUCGAAGAAGCGUCAAUCAGUUGAUGACUAUGAUAUUAUGGCUCUCUAUGACAAAACUCAAUGGUCAUUGGGUGAUUUAGACUUAAUCAAGAAGCUCAGUGUUGAGUUAGAAGCGAACACAAUUGAUUUGAAAGAUUCAUCGUUAGCACAAAAACGCAAAGCUGUCGAAUUACAAAGUCUUUUGUUGAAAGCUGAAACUAAGAAAGAAGAAAUAUCAAGAUUCAUCAGAGCAAGAAAUGAUCCAGAAUUUGCACGUAUAGUCAAAGUUAGGCAAUUAGGACCAGAGCAUAGCGAGAAUCAACAAAAGUUGCGCAAAUCAAUGCAAGCUUUAAAUGAUGGUAUUAUGAGUGUAGAAGAUCAACUUAACACGAUCAAAACUAAAUUGAUGCAACAGAAGACAGGUGGAAAGUCAUUCAAAGUACCUUCAAUUGAUAGUAUAAAUAGAACUAUUCGUACGCUCUCUAUAGCUAUUAACGAGAAGAAGAGCAAUCUUGAUGAGUUGAUAAAACGUACAGAGAAAUUGACCAUCAAUAAUAGCAACAAAGGCGGUAGGAAAUCAAGUACAUCUUUGAAUAGAAGUGAAAGUAUAUCAGCCACUCUACCAGAGCCUGAUAGGAAUGUUAUCGAUAAGGCAUUAUCUUUAGAAGCACGUAGGGCGAAAUUGGCAGCAACGCUUAAGGCCCGACAACCGAAAGCAUCACUUGAUGAUACUGAGAAGUAUCAAUUUAGACGUAAUGAACCACUCUCGCUUAUAGACGUACCAAGCGCUGAAGCCAUUCGUAAAAAAAGGGCGGAAAAGGAGAAAACGAAAUCAACGUCAACAUCAACACAACCAACAAAUGAGAAGGUAGAUGUUAGUGACAUAUUCUCACCAGGUUCAAGGGACACAGAAUCUCAUAGUCGUCAUUCACGCCAUAAAAGUGAAGGCUCAAGUGGUAGACAGCGUGCUGUACAAUUGCCAAAGCAUAAUUCACCAGUAAUAGCAUCUGAUUUCUUCGCAAGAAAGUAAAAGUAGAAUGUAUUAAAUUAUAUUAAGAAUCAUAAAUUAAGAUUUAACA